AUGUCGUCAACCCCAUACGAUGUUCGUGCACUUCUCAGUGCCAUCGAUGAGAACAGAAAGAACCUAGGUAGAGACAAAGGUGAGGCUAGACGGGAAUGCCUCGCUGCUGCUCGCAAACUCUGCUACGCCUUGGAGACCCCUGUGGAAUCGAUUUUGAGGAUCAACUGGGCUGAACUCUCGCAUCAUGCGGCAUUGCGAACUGCUGUUGACCUCAAACUUUUUGAGAAGCUGGAUUCAGACGACUGCAGUCCCAAGAGCAGCUCUGAGCUUGCCGAAAUGACCAACUCAGACCCUGUACUAUUGACGAUGGGAUCCGUGUAUGAAGCUGGCCCUGACAGCUACGUAUCGACACCCGUCUCGAAGGCGUAUAUACAGCCAGUCUAUCGAGACGCGAUUCCGUUCUGCAUGGACAUGGCCAUCCCCGCCUUGUACAACCUCUACCAAUUUCUCGCCAAAACUCAGUACAAGAACCCUACAAAUCCUGUCGAUGGGCCGUUUCAGUAUGGCCAUGGAAUUCAAGAUCACUUCUUCGGACACCUCCAGAAACACCCAGAGCGUUUUACGCAAUUUAGCAAUCACAUGGCCGGCUACCGCACUGGGCGUGCAAGUUGGAUGGAUGAAGACUUCUAUCCUGUGAUAGAGAAUCUUGUCAAGGGUGCCAGCACAGACGAAGACGCUAUCUUUCUUGUCGAUGUCGGCGGAAGCAAGGGUCAUGAUUUGAAAGAGCUAAAGAAGAAACAUCCUAGUUUGCCAGGCCGAUUAGUGCUGCAGGACCUGGCCAGCGUUCUCGCGGAAGCCACAGAGCUUGACCAGAGUAUCAUGAAGAUGGAGCAUGACUUCUUCACACCCCAGCCAGUCCAAGGUGCACGAGCUUACUACUUGCACUCCUGCUUACACGAUUGGCCGGAUGCUAAAGCCAAAGAGAUCCUCGCAAACCUGAAACCGGGCAUGACCAAGGGAUACAGCAAGCUUUUGAUUAACGAGUAUGUCAUACCAGAUAUGGACGCGCAUUGGGUGAGCACGGGGCUAGACAUGCUCAUGAUGGCGUUCCUCUCCUCUAGCGAGCGAACAGAAGAGCAUUGGCGCAUGUUGUUAGAGUCCGAAGGGUUUAAGAUCGCCAAGAUCUGGACGAAAGAGCCUGGUACUGAAAGUUUGAUAGAGGCGGAGCUGGUAUGA